AUAUUUGUUGUUGUUUGUUGACAUUAAAUUCUUCUUGUAGCUUGUAGCGCCCAUUUAUAUUUAUAUUUAUCUUUCCCUGCAUGUAAAGGAUGCUGUAGUCAUUUCUUCUUGGCUGUUUUUAUUGUGGUUCUUUGUGGUGUGUCUUGCUGUGCAAAUGAGAGGUUCAGGUUUUGGUUGGGGUGGUCUGACUGGGUCGUAUUUUAGCUGACAUCUAGCUGAAUAGGGCGAAACCACCAGACAGCCAGUGUGAAUAGCUGUAUUGUGGGCGCUGGCUGGCGUGUGUGCGCGCACGUGUGUUUGUGUGUGUGACAGUUCAGGUUCAAACCUAUAGGCCUCUUCCAUAGAGAGGGUCUUGGUCAAUCGCUGUUGUUUCGGUCCCAUUGGUUUCUGAGCUUUCAUUUUGCCAUACUCGUUUGUCAGGGAGGGUCUUCAUCAUAGCUCUGUUCAGGCUGCCACGCCCGCAGUGCCAAAGCCGCAUCAUCUCUGCCGAGGAUGCCGCAGACAAACAAAUGCAGAAACGCCCCAGGUGACUCCUCAGGUUCGGUCCAGGCAGGAGCCUCAGCAGUAGAUGCAGACCCGGUGUCCCGGGAGGAGAGCCAGGCUGCAGGGGACGCAAGAGGAGGAAGAGUGGACAAUGCUGGAGACAGCGAGAUAAUCAAGUCCCCCAGUGACCCCAAACAGUACAGGUACAUUGUGCUGAACAAUGGGCUGCGAGCUUUGCUCAUCUCAGACUACAGCGGCCCAGCAGCAUCCGAAGACGAGGACUCGGACGGAGAAGAUGAAAGUGAGGAGGAAGAGGAGGACGAUGAAUCUGGAGAUGAAAUGGAGGACGAGUCUGAGGAAGAUGAUGAUGAUGAUGAUGAGAAGGGCAGUGAUGAAGAUGAUGACAAUGAGGCGAAAAAGAAGAAAGGAAAUGCAGAGAAACAGUCUGCAGCAGCACUGUGUGUUGGAGCGGGCAGCUUCAGCGACCCCAGUGACCUCCCCGGCCUCGCUCACUUUCUGGAACACAUGGUGUUCAUGGGCAGCGAGAAGUACCCCUCAGAGAAUGGCUUUGAUGCUUUCCUCAAGAAGCAUGGUGGGAGUGACAACGCCUCCACCGACUGCGAGAGGACCAUCUUCCAGUUUGACGUCCAGAGGAAAAGCUUCAAAGAGGCUCUUGACAGGUGGGCUCAGUUUUUCAUUUGCCCCCUGAUGAUCCGAGACGCCAUUGAUAGGGAGGUGGAGGCCGUUGACAGUGAGUACCAGCUGGCUAAGCCGUCGGACUCCCACAGGAAGGAGAUGCUGUUUGGCAGUUUGGCCAAACCUGGACACCCUAUGGGCAAGUUCUGCUGGGGGAAUGCCCAGACACUGAAGCAGGAGCCAAAGAAGAAGAAGAUCAAUGUCUAUAAGCGGCUGCGUGCCUUCUGGAAGAAACACUACUCUGCCCACUACAUGACUCUGGCUGUGCAGUCAAAAGAGAAGCUGGACACUCUGGAGGAGUGGGUGAGAGAGAUCUUCAGCAAGGUGCCUAACAAUGGUCAGCCCAAGCCAGAUUUCUCUGAUAUGCUGGAUCCCUUUGAUACACCAGCCUUUAACAAGCUCUACAGAGUCGUCCCUGUUAGGAAAGUUCAUGCUUUGAAUAUCACCUGGGCUCUCCCCCCUCAGGAGAAAUACUACAGAGUGAAGCCUCUCCACUACAUCUCUUGGCUGAUUGGCCACGAAGGCACAGGAAGCAUCCUCUCAGUGCUCAGGAAGAAGUGCUGGGCCCUGGCUUUGUUUGGAGGAAACAGUGAAACUGGCUUUGAUCAAAACACCACCUACUCUAUCUUCUCCAUCUCCAUCACCCUCACUGAUGAAGGUUUCCAAAACUUCUACCAGGUGUCUCACCUGGUGUUCCAGUACCUGAAGAUGCUGCAGACACUCGGACCACAGCAAAGAAUAUAUGAAGAGAUUCAGAAGAUUGAAGCAAACGAGUUUCACUAUCAGGAGCAAAUUGACCCUAUAGAGUACGUCGAGGACAUUUGUGAGAACAUGCAGCUGUUCCCUAAAGACGACUUUCUGACAGGAGAUCAGCUAAUGUUUGAGUUCAACCCAGAAGUGAUCAGUGCAGCUUUGUCCCUCCUCACCCCUGAGAACGCCAACCUGAUGCUGUUGUCACCAGAACAUGAGGGCCAGUGUCCCCUCAGGGAGAAGUGGUUUGGCACACAAUACAGCGUGGAGGACAUUCAGCAGGAGUGGAUGGAGCGGUGGACAGGAAACCUGGAGCUGAACAGUGACCUCCACCUUCCUGCUGAAAACAAGUUCAUUGCCACUGACUUCACCCUGAAGCCCUCUGCCUGCCCAGACACCGAGUUACCUGUCCGGAUAGCCGCCAGCGACAGAGGCUGCCUGUGGUACAAGAAGGACAACAAAUUCAAAAUCCCUAAAGCCUACAUCAGAUUCCACAUAAUCUCUCCUGUAAUCCAGCAGUCUGCUAAGAAUGUGGUCUUGUUUGACCUGCUGGUCAACAUCUUAGGCCACAACCUUGCAGAGCCAGCCUAUGAGGCUGAAGUGGCUCAGCUGGAGUAUAAACUGGUGGCCGGUGAACACGGCCUGGUCAUCAAGGUUAAAGGAUUUAACCACAAACUGCCUCUGCUGUUCCACCUGAUCAUUGACCACCUGGCUGAUUUCUCUGCCUCUCCUGAUGUCUUCAGCAUGUUUGCAGAGCAGCUCAAGAAAACCUACUUUAACAUCCUCAUUAAACCUGAGAAACUCGGCAAGGAUGUGCGUUUGCUGAUCUUGGAGCACUCCCGCUGGUCCAUGGUGGAGAAGUAUCAGGCUCUGAUGGCCGGUCUUACUAGCGAUGAGCUGAUGGAGUUCAGCCAGAAUUUCCGGGCUGAGCUGUACGCUGAGGGACUGGUGCAGGGCAACUUCAGCAGCACUGAGUCAGAACAGUUCCUGCAGUAUGUCACAGAAAAGUUGCAGUUCUCCAAGCUGCCAGCAGAGGUGCCGGUGAUGUUCAGAGUGGUGGAGCUUCCUCUGAAGAACCACAUCUGUAAGGUUAAAUCGCUCAAUAAGGGAGACGCCAACUCUGAGGUCACCGUUUACUACCAGUCUGGCCCCAAAGCCUUGAGGGAACACACAUUGAUGGAGCUGUUGGUGAUGCACAUGGAGGAACCCUGCUUCGACUUCCUCCGGACCAAAGAGACUCUGGGGUACCAUGUCUACCCCACCUGCAGAAACACCUCAGGCGUUCUGGGUUUCUCUGUCACCGUGGAAACACAGGCCACCAAGUUCAAUACCGAGCUGGUGGAGUUAAAGAUUGAAGAGUUCUUGGCUUCAUUUGGGGAGAAGCUCAAUUCGCUGACUGAGGAGGCCUUUAAUACUCAGGUGACUGCUUUAGUGAAGCUGAAGAAGUGUGAGGACACACACCUUGGGGAGGAGGUGGACAGGAACUGGGCCGAGGUGGUUACACAGCAGUAUGUGUUUGACAGGCUCAAUAGAGAGAUUGAAGCUCUGAAGCAGAUGACCAGGGCUGAGCUUGUCUCCUGGUUCAAAGAACAUCGAGGACCGAACAGCCGCAAACUCAGCGUGCACGUGGUGGGAUUUGGUGCUGAAGAGAAUGAUGAGGAGGGUGGUGGUAAAAAACAAGAAGGAGAAGAGGGCAAAGAGGAGGAUAUAAGUGGCUCUACCUACGGCGAGGUGUCUAAGCUCACCUUCCUUCCUGCCUCACCCAAGAUGGCGGACGCCGUAGCCAUCAUGGACAUUCCUGCUUUCAUUGAAGGCCUGCCCCUCUUCCCCUACCACAAGAUACUCGAAUAAACUCGUGCUCAGACUGUGAGACAGACAGAAAGCUGCGCUUUGCCUCUCACUGAGCCACGUUCGGGGACUCAGCCUCAUUAGAGAUGCAGGCACUUAAUAUGUGGAGGUGAAGGAAAGUUGAAACAGCUCCAGCUCCUCUCUGGACCUGCAUUCUGUCUCUGGGGCCCAGCUGCAUAUUUUACCCACACUGUGUGCAUAACCAGAAGACAUAGAAGGGGUGAUAGAGUUUUCUUUUAGCUAAGUGAUAAUCUAUUCUGCUUUCUCACUCUCAAUUAUUUUAUAUCUUCAGACACCGGGAGUGUGGGAGUGCUCUAUCUAUUUCAUAUUUCACACUGACUGAAAAUCUUUUAAUCAAAUUCUCAUUUAUUUGGUUCUCUGAGCUUUGCUGCUAUAACAACUCCGAAUCCCUGUCUUUUCCACUGUUUGUGUAGGAGCCCAGACUGAGUUUAAUACCAUUUAAACAAAUCAACUGUGAAAACUGCGGAAAUGCUGAGUCCUUUGAACUCCAGAUGUGUGUAUUUGAGUGGUUGUGUGCUGGAUUUCAAGCUCUGCUGUGCACUACUGUUAUUAGCUGACCUGGAUCAUGCCAUGGUAUGAAACUGUGCAAAGAAAUAAAUCAAUGAGUGAUGAGUGAA